AUGGCUGCUGUGGACAGCUUCUACCUGUUGUACCGGGAGAUUGCCAGGUCCUGCAACUGCUACAUGGAAGCCUUAGCCCUGGUCGGGGCCUGGUACACGGCCCGGAAGAGCGUGACGGUCAUCUGUGACUUCUACAGCCUGAUUAGGCUGCACUUCAUCCCUCGCCUGGUCAGCCGGGCCGAUCUGGUCCAGCAGUACGGGAGAUGGCUGGUGCCUUCCCCCAAGGUGUACGCCCACCAUGCUGUGUCCACCCUCGGGAUUUCCAAAAGGACCACAGGAUACUGGUCUCAUUCCAUCCAGUUUCUCUUCGCCCAGUACAUGCCGGAGUGGCUCUGGGUUUGGGGAGCAAACAUCCUCAACCGUUCCUUACGGAAGGAGGCCUUAGCCUGCACAGCCUGA